CCGAUCAGCUGAUCUGACCUGGCAACAACAUUCACCCGAAUCUACCGGGGAGGGGAAUCAUUUUACAAGCUGGUGGGCAAAACAGUUAUCUUCUCAUCAACCGGCUUAUUAUUUUUGUGUUUAUGACAGAGUCGUUGUCGUGUGCGAUGUUUGAGGGAGUUCAGCAGCUCGUUUGUUGAAAACUGCGGUGUGAUUCUGGCUCGAAAUCAGCUUGUUUUGUUCGGUCAAAGCUGUGUUGAUCAGUGUGUGUUGUUGGGUGAACAUACUUUAAGGACAGCCUGUACGAUACUAAACCAUUAUUAAUUCAGAUACAGAAGUCAUAUUUUCUAACCCCACUAGUAUUUAGUCUUUGAAACUGGAGGAGAUUUUCCAGUCACGUAUGCUAAUCUUAGCUAGCUUGAGUAACAAAAGCCCAGGGCGAUAACAACACUCGAAUGUAGCCGUUUUCUCAGUGUUUACGCCUGCCAAUACAAACAUUUCGGUGCUUAUGGCUUGUAUAUUGUCAGUUUAGACCGCUUGAAGAAUUUUAAAUCAGUCAGAAGACUCGACAAGUCUGUCCUAGUGCCAGUGCUAUACGGAUGUCAACUGAUCUAUUUAUAGUUCAUAUUGAAUAUUUGAUUUUAAGCCAGUGUCAUAAUUUGACAUUACAUUUUGAAUUCCAAUGAAAUUCACGGCCAACGAGUGAGAUAUAUUGUUUGGGACGUUAAAUGCAUGAUCUAUGAGGUAUUAUAUAGCGUGUCAGUAGUUGAUUGUACAUUUAGGUUACUCUCUGCUGUAGUUGGUUAACUUUCAGAGAAAUUUCCGUUUAAGUUCGUUUGCCUCCGUUACCUCGCUAUUAUAUUUGGACAUAUAAUGAGCGGCCAGGGCUCGUCGGCGGAGAAGGGGCUGAACGGCGUUCUGGUUUGUCAGGAGAGCUACGCCUGCGGUGGCUCGGACGAGGCCGCCUUCGAGUGCGACGAAUGCGGCAGCCUUCAGUGCAUCCGCUGCGAGCUGGAGCUCCACCGUCAGGACCGCAUGAGGAACCACGACAGGAUCCGAAUCGCACCUGGCCACGUACCCUAUUGCGAUUCGUGCAAAGGUGAUGGAGGGGUGCCGAACGGCGGUCGGCUGAGAGCAGUAGUCCGAUGUCAGGGGUGCAAAAUCAACCUGUGCUUGGACUGUCAAAAACGGACUCACAGCGGGGUCAGUAAAAGAAAGCACCCUCUCACUGCGUACCCUCCUCCCUGUAAACCGCCGGAGAACAACUGCAGCACCGGAGACGAGCAGCUGGAUGAGCUCAAAGCCAAGCUGGAGAAAGUCACCAGCUUUCUUCUAGUGGAUGAAAAGGAAGACAUGCAGGUGAAGAACGAUGAAGAUUUUGUGCGGAAAUUAGGCUGCAGACCCGAAGAGCUCUUGAAGGUGGUGUCCAUUUUCGGCAACACCGGAGAAGGCAAAUCGCACACCCUCAAUCACACUUUCUUUCUGGGUCGUGAAGUAUUUAAGACUUCCCCAACCCAAGAGUCCUGCACCGUUGGAGUGUGGGCAGCAAUGGACCCUGUGCAUAAGGUGGUGGUUGUUGACACAGAGGGACUCCUGGGGGCAGGAACCAACCAAGGACAAAGAACCCGUCUCCUCCUGAAGGUGCUUGCCGUGUCAGAUCUCGUUAUCUAUCGGACACACGCUGACCGGCUCCAUGAUGAUCUUUUCAAGUUUCUUGGGGAUGCGUCAGACGCAUAUCUUAAGCAUUUUACAAAGGAACUGAAAGCCACAACUGCGCGAUGUGGUUUGGAUGUGCCCCUUUCUACACUGGGUCCUGCCGUAAUAAUCUUUCAUGAGACAGUCCACACAAAGUUAUUAGGCUCAGACAAGCCAUCAGAAUCAGCUGAGCGGCUUCUUCAAGAACGUUUCAGAAAGCUUGGCCUCUUUCCAGAAGCAUUCAGCUCUAUUCAGUACCGGGGCACUCGUACUCACAAUCCCCCGACUGACUUCAGUGGCCUGCUGCGCAGCGUCGAGCAGCAGUUAGACAACAACUCUACCAGAUCUCCACGCUCUGCCGGUGUCAUUCAUAAAGCCCUGCAGGCUUUGAGUGAGUGCUUCAGUGGAGAGAUUCCUGAUGAGCAUCUGGCUAGCAACUCUUUCUUUCCAGAUGAAUACUUUACCUGCUCCAGCAUCUGCCUUAGCUGUGGCUCAGGCUGUAAAAACAGCAUGAAUCACCUACGAGAGGGUGUGGUGCAUGAGGCUAAACACCGCUGCCGCUAUUCAGCCCACUAUGACAAUCGCAUCUACACCUGCAAGGCUUGUUAUGAGAGCGGCAAAGAGGUGAUUGUGGUUCCAAAGACGACGGCAUCUUCUGAUUCACCUUGGUUUGGUUUGGCUAUAUAUGCCUGGUCUGGAUAUGUGAUUGAGUGUCCGAACUGUUCAGUGAUCUAUAGAAGUAGGCAAUACUGGUAUGGGAACCAGGACCCUGUUGAUACAGUGGUUCGUACUGAGAUCCAGCACGUCUGGCCAGGGUCUGACAAAUUCCUGAAGGACAACAACAACGCCGCACAGAGGCUGCUGGAUGGUGUGAACUAUAUGGCUCAGUCUGUAUCAGAGCUCAGCGUCAAGCCUGCCAAAGCCGUGACCGCUUGGUUAACGGACCAGAUUGCCCCUGCCUACUGGAAGCCCAAUUCUCUCAUCCAUAGAUGUUAUAAAUGUGGAGCGGGGUUCGAGGAUAAUGACACAAAGCACCACUGUCGAGCUUGUGGAGAAGGUUUCUGUGAUGGUUGCUCUUCUAAGACGCGCCCAGUACCUGAGAGAGGCUGGGGACUGGCACCUGUACGAGUCUGUGACGCCUGUUUUCAGAACAGAGGCAUCUCAGAAGAACUACUGGACGCUGCAUUAGAAGAGGAGGAAGGAGGCACUCUGAUCGCCAGGAAGGUUGGAGAAGCGGUUCAGAACACAUUAGGAGCAGUGGUCACAGCCAUAGACAUCCCUCUCGGUCUGGUAAAAGAUGCCGCUCGUCCAGCGUAUUGGGUCCCUGAUCAAGACAUCCGUUGUUGUAACCAGUGCCAGCGUGAGUUUAACGCCCGUCUCUCCAUCCAUCACUGCCGUGCAUGUGGACAAGGAGUAUGCAACGACUGCUCCCCAGAUCGACGGGCCGUGCCCUCCAGGGGUUGGGACCAUCCUGUGCGGGUGUGCAUCACCUGCAACCAGAAAUCUGGAGAGCUCUAGCAGAAGCAUAUGUCACUCCGCAUUAUAAGACACCCUCGUCUGUGGCCACAGUGCUUCAGUACUGUGAUGGAGGCACUACUCUCAAACCAAUAAAUCCUAUUGGUUAUCGGAAAACAUCGAAGGAACAUCUCUGCUUUUUGUCCCAACACUUCAUUCAUGUCAUGUUCCUGCACUCUACAUAAGCUGUUUAACAGUGAUGGCCUCUGUAUUUUGUUCUUUCUUUUUUUAAAGGUAAAUCUAUCAGGAAAUUAAAUGUCAAACCCGUGACAAUCUUUUGUCUACCAUGCAAUAUGCUACCCGUGGGCAGGCCCAGAUGGAAAAAUGCAAAAUGGGUUUAAAUUAGGGUCAGAAAUUAGCAGGCUGCUUGUGGCAAAAAUGCUCCACAAAUUCAAGAUAAUGGGGUAAAAAUAAAUUAAUGAAUUAAUGUGUUGCGGUUAAAUAAAGAAACCUUAAGGUUAUUGAAAAGUGUGUUACAUUGGAAAAAAUAAAUAUAUUGUGGCCCUGGAUUCAGAUUUUCAGCAAUAUGUAAUGUAUAACAACGAUUUACUGAUUCCUUCACACAUUUUUAUUUAUUUUGGCCACUAUGUAUCAAUUAGUUUCCAUGUUUUAGUAAAUCGUAGCUAUAAUAAAUCAAUUAGUGCCAUUAUUUAUAUUUUAACAGAAAAAAUGUAUCCAUGAUUUAGUACAUUUUGUGCCCGAUUUACUUGAAGUGAACAAAUUAGUAACCUGUGCUAAUUAAGAUUUAUUUUGCAGGUUCGUUAAUUAUAAUUUGUGCUAGACUAAUAUCAUGGGCCGACAUGUUUGCCUGUAAUAUGUAUAAAUGUUUUAUUUAUUUAUUAAUGAACACUUAAACAUUAUUAGAAUACCAGAAGCAAUAAUCAAUAAUUUGUCAUAAUAUUGCAGCCAUACUCAGUUUUGUUUGUCUCCCGUUUUAUGUAUAAUUUUUACAUGUUUAAAAGCUUGUUGCUAAUACAGCAGUUUAGUGAUUAAUCAUAUGCAAGAUUAACACCAAUUAAAAAAAAAAAAAAAGCAGCCUCUUAAAUGGAAUAUUUAAUUUCUGACUCUAAACAUGGUAGAAAAUGAGCUUGGGUGCAAAAUGUGGAAUUCUGAUUGAAGAUCCAUGUGGGCCUUCCUGUGGGUAAAGGCAGCUAACACAAAGCCUCUACAGGAUACACUAGACCGGUGCACAAAUAUUAGUAAUAUUGUUUACCAUGUUAUGUUGCUCAAUUUCACAAAAGAUUUUCCUCAUAAAUUUGCUUUAAAAUGUUUAAAAACAAAAACAAAACAAGAUUGUCCUUAUGGUUUUUCAUUCCUUUGUUCUCAAGGAACCUUAGAGUAGUUUUUAGCUUCAUUUUUGUUUGCCUCUAUUAGUUGCAGCCUAUUAUGAAUCUGACGUAAACUUGCAAAACUAUCAAAUGUUCUUUAGUAUAAUUGAAAGACCUUUAUCAUUUAUUUUUAAAUGGAAGUACUUAAGCAGGAUGUUUUUGUUUGACAUUUUUUAAACAGACCUUUUUUUUUUUUUGUUGAAUCACUACCAAUGUUGCCGAAUCAAACUGCAUAGUGACUCUCAACACAAAGCCAUGGUAAACCGCACAAAUAAUGUGGCUCUGCAUCUUCUGUAUAGAUGCCAAUCCACAUAAAUCUCAUGAUAUCAUACGAUAAUUGCUCUUACUUAGCCCCUGCUUUGUGUUAUGAUAAGUCUAUAAUAUUGUUUUCUUGGCCAAAUGACCCUUCAUCAUGAUGAAUCAGGUUAUGUAAAGGCAUUAUGCGUGAAUGACUGGACAUGACUGACACAGACAUAAGAAACAUGAAUAUCAUUUUAUGUUCUUUGCACCUUGUAUGCUAAUUAAAUUAAACUUGAGUACCUCUAA